CGACAGAUCGAGCUAGAAACUGCAUCUCAGUUGAGGAGACUGUCUGCUAGUUGUAUUUCGUCAGGUUCUUUUACUGCUCACUAAAUUCCAAAAGUGUGGGGCUGUGAGUAAUACCUUGACUUUCCCGUAAUCCGCGGAAUGGCCAGCGAAAAUUUGAUGUUCAGCCACUGUAGAUUUCUUCAGCUGUGGAAUGAGAGUGUGUCGCUGUUGUUCAGAGAGCAGAUGGUAACAAUAAACGCCUCUUUUGCAGGUACGGUUCACAGCUCCGGCACCCCCGAAGGGACCGGAGACAGAAGGCUCUGUGAAGGACAAGGACAAAGGCAAGGAGAAGGACAAGCAGAAGGGCCAAUCCACCGAGAGCACGCUGGCCUCACUGCCCAACCACCCCACCGAAGUAACCGGGCCGGAGACGCUGGAGUCACAGGCGGAGCAGCAGCGCCUGAAGUAUGCAGCCAGGAUGGCUUUGAUGGUGGGGGGCGUGGUGCGGACCCACCAGCUGUGGUUCCUGUGCACCACCAAGGCAGCCACCGGCAAGGACAAGAAGAAGAAGAAGUAGCACGAGAAACUGGACUACUGACUGCUUAUAGCGAUUGUUUGUGGUCUACUCCACAACUGAUGAAUAUGUGUGUUUUUGUGCUUACAGUAUAGUUUACACAUUUCUUCAACGAAUUUCUGUUUCAUUAUUA